AUGGCUACCGACCCUACAGCCACCGAUCAUCCCAACGGCCUCGACGAUGAGCUGUCAAACCCCUUCCUCAUUCCUCCAGAUGACGUGAUAUUCCUUAUGCGAGAUCGCGAACGGCAAGUUCGUCAGCAAGAACGGGCUAAGACUCAGCUACUCAAGGUCCAGUUAUCACUAGAUGUGAAACGGGAAGAGAUUCGAAAGCUCGAGGAGAAAGUGAGGAUGAAAAAUGAGGCUCUUGAGAAAAGCAAGGAGGCGUUGGAGGGCGAUAUAGCGAGAUUCGACAAGUUUCUGCAAGCGAAUGACGCCUUGGCACACGAGGCCAUGAGAAAGGCUGAUAAUCUCAGCCGACAGAAGCAGGAGAAGAACGCCAAGUUGAAGCAGUUGAAUACUCAGCUCUUGGUGGUCCACAGUGAAAUCAACAAGCUCGAGGAGGAGAUGGAGGAAUGCCUAAAGUAUAAAGAGUUUAUAGAUAAGCUCACGCCACCUGAGUGGACGACACGGCAGGAGGAGGUCAAACGGGAGAGGAAACGUCAAAGGCGACGCGCGUAUAUUCGGAAGCGUUGCGAUGAAAUUGACAAGAAUGUCGCGGACGCUCUGGUGGCAGAUGAGCUUGAGAUGAUGAAAAAUUCCGAGGAGAAGACCAAAUCGAAACCACGCAGGUACUUUGAGAAACCGAAGCAGUUGUUGGAUCUCUUUGCAUCGUUGGAAGAGGAAAACCUGUUCCUCAUUCGAAACGGCCAGGAAACUCAGCAACAACUCGAAGAUGCUGAAAGUAGACUAGAAGAUACGCGCGUCACAUUAGGAACGAAAGCAAAACUCCUCGAGAAGGAUAACCGGAAUACAGCGGGUAGAGUUGAUGCCACGCGGGGGGAGUGGGAGAAGCUGGAGGCUAAGGCGAAGGGCCGCAGCGGCUGUGGGGGCAUCAAGGCCUUGCUCAAGGACUUGGCUGAUGCGAUGAGUGUCAUGGCUGCGACAUGUGGGGUGGACACCGAUAGGGAUGGGGAUCCUCUAGUUGUAUUGAGUGCAGCUGAGGGGAAGCUGGAGGAAUGGCUCGAGACACUCGCGGAUGCAAAGGCAGCGGGAGGCAGUCUGGCGGAAGUGGUCGUGAGGAUGGAGCGGGAAAAGGAAAAGGAAAGGCGUGAUAGAGCCAGGGAGGAGAAGGUUCGCGCUCAGAGUGAGAAAAAUGAGGACCGCUUGAAGAGCUCAUUGCUGCGUAGUCAAGCACCAAUUUCGAGGAAGUAUGGUAAACCGCUGAUGUUCCGCUCUCCCCCGUCGCGAAAGGAGGCUGAGGACGAGAUCGAUAAGGCUGCGGAAGAGCACGCAGAGGCAGGCGUUCCUGUCAGCUGUGUAGAAGGUGAAUAUUUUAGGCCCUACUGA